AUGAGAUACAUUGCGACCAUUUCCCAUCGCAGGAAAAUAGAAAAUCAUCAGUGGAGGAUCGAGAGUCCGCAUCUGGAAUGCAUUCGGUUCCUGGAAAGGCUUGUUAUGGCUAAUAAAGAGGACGUCGGGACAUUACAGAUGACCGGAGACGUGCCUGGAACGUUUGGCAACGUUCCAGCCACAUUCGAAGUCCAGAAUUUGCGCCUGGUGCGGAUUCGUAUGGAAACUUUAGUUUUCGAACAUUUUCGGAAGCGUCGGGAGAUAAAUCAGGAUGGGGUGAUGCUGUUGUCGGGGUUCUCCCAAAUGGUGUACAAGGAGCUGAAGGAGGCCUUUUUGAAGCUGAUACCGCAGCCGGAAUUGGAAGAAGACAAGGAAGAGAUGUCUUUGACUCUGACGAAUAACAUGAAAAUGGCUAUCGGAGUGUAUCACGCCGAUCCUGGUGAGGAUAUGGCGAGGGCGAGGGAUAUGGGGAAGAUGACCACAGGAUGA